AACGGCAACGUUUAAGAAAGAGCAGUAUUUUAGAGACAAAAUGCCAGCAAGAACAGCUAAGAAGAAUAAAGUCAACAGCCUCAAAGCUCAGGUGCCUAAUUUUUGAUUUUCCAUGUCUGUCUGUUCCUCCUACUUCUUGUCAUUUCCAAGUUGUUUGACUGAUAUUGAACUCAACAUCUUUUGUCCAUUCUUGCAGUUGCAACAAUUCUUUAUUAGUUUUACAGUUCGAAAGCUUAUAGAAACCCAGAAUUCUUGUCCAAGAUUCUGACUUUUAGAAAGCCCAUAUAUAAUACUUGAUAUGGGUAAGGGUGGUGGAUGUGUACCUAGCAAGAAAAAGUUUCCAGUGUCUGAUCAAGAUCCUCCACUACCAGAAAGAAGCCCUCCUAUUCUUGCUCAAAACCAAACCCAAAUCACCAAUACAGCAAUCCCUUCUCAAAAUAGCACCAGCCAAACACUUAGUAAGCUUAAAAUUUUUAUCAUAUUUUAUUCAAUGUAUGGCCAUGUGGAGUUAUUGGCAAGAAGAAUGAAAAAAGGUGUGGAUUCUAUUGAUGGAGUUGAAGGAGUUUUGUACAGAGUACCAGAGACAUUGCCAUGGGAGAUUUUGGAGCAAAUGAAGGUGCCCCCUAAAGGAAGUGAAGUCCCGUUUAUAUCAGUUAAUGAGUUGGUCAAUGCUGAUGGAUUCUUGUUUGGAUUCCCAACAAGGUUUGGAUCUAUGGCAGCUCAGAUGAAGGCAUUUUUUGACUCCACUGCUGAAUUGUGGCUGGAGCAGAAGCUAGCAGGAGUUCCUGCUGGGUUCUUUGUUAGUACUGGCACGCAGGGGGGCGGACAAGAGACCACAGUCUGGACAGCAAUUACUCAGUUAGCUCACCAUGGGAUGCUCUAUGUUCCCGUUGGCUAUACCUUUGGAGCUGGAAUGUUUAGAAUGGAUUCCAUUAGGGGAGGGUCUCCUUAUGGUGCCGGAGUCUUUUGUGGAGAUGGCUCAAGACAGCCAACUGAGACAGAGUUGGCUCUUGCUGAGCAUCAGGGAAAAUACAUGGCCACAGUAGUCAAGAGAUUUGCUAAACCUUUAUCGCUUGUACUGGGUAACACCCAUACCUAAUGCUAAUAAAGCCAGCAUUAACUUGUAUAUGUACCAUGUCUCUGUGCUUUUUGUGCAUGUUUUCUCUUUUGUGUCAAUAGAGGCCACGUCUUAGUAUAGCUAACCGAGGAGCUUAUGAUUUUGUAGUUUAAUAUGUUUGUACUUAAAAUUUUUAUCACUUGUUGGCUUCUUGCUCCUUAUUGCUUCCCAAUUUGUAUAUGGUUUGAAACUGUCAUUUGUUGUAUCUGUUUCAUUUUCAUGUAAAUCAUUUGAUGUAAUGCCAUAUUGAUCAAUAAAUAAUGUGCGGUUCUGUUUUUCUUUUCCAAAA